AUGGCUAAGUCGAAAUCAGCAAAACGCAAGCGCAAUGAACAGGCUAGCCAUCCGCUAAAGUUGACCAAAGUCGUCUCCACUCAAACCCCUCUCCCCGAUGUCACAACGCUCGACCCUAAGCACCUCAACACAAUCGUCGCAGACGAGGAGCUUGAAAUCACCAUCGAGACGCUCGCAGCCCUCACGCAACAUCCUAGCUUGACCAAAUCCAAGGCAUGCAAGGACCUCCGAGUCGCCGUGUAUGACUUCCGUCAGGCCUGCAACACUGGUGCGAACGCAGCCGAAGGCGCCAACUUGACCGCACGAAUAACUGGCGCCCUAGCCGACGAACAAUACACCGAAGCUAAGAUCCUGCUCGCUGAACUGAGGAUCCGAGGAGAACAACCCAAGAUUGGAGCCUUGUGCCGCUGGGUACGAGAUCUGGACGUUGUCAGCGGCCUUUCGAAGCAGCCCAAUGCACUCCAUCUCCCUCUCCAGCGCAGCGCCAGGGACUUACAGCUCCUCAGCGUCCUCGAUGCCAUCCUACGCGUCAGCACUCCGAUUGACACGAACCCGAAAGCCAUCGAUUCGCCCUCCUCACCCAUCGCCUUCCAGCCCGUAUGGGACCUCCGUGCCUCGACGGAAUCCCUCCCUAUCUACGCCUCAGUCCUUGAUAAAUCUAUCCUCGCACACGCACCGAAAUCUGCCUCCGCCCUCCGCAUCAUUGAAGAGACUCCAGGUCCUCUCCGUAAGCCUCCGAAUCACCACCCCGCGAUCCUAUAUACAACCGCCCCGAAUGCGGUUCCCCUGGACCCCGCUGGCCCAUCCGCAACCUACCACCCUCAUCCGGCAGUGCCCGGCCUUGGUCUCGCCACGAACAUUCUGUCGACCGACGAGUGCAAGUCUAUAAUCGCUGCCGGUGAGUCGGUCAACUUCCUCCCCGACGCGCCCUUCCGCGGAGACGGCGACAUGAGCAUCCUCGCCCACAACUUCUACUGGGUUGUCGACAUCCCUUUCCAUGACCUGUUGUGGGCGCGAAUCGCCCCUCACGUACCACCCGUGAUCAACGGUCGCCGGGCCCGCGGUCUCAAUCGCCGCUUUCGUGUUUACCGAUACGUCCCCGGUGCUGAGUACCGGUGCCAUAUUGACGGAGCCUGGCCUCCGUCCGGCAUCCUCCCCGACGACACGUAUGUGUACGACGCCUCGCCCGAAGACCAGAAGCAAAGCUCAAUGUAUACAUUCUUGCUCUAUCUAAACGACGAGUUCGAGGGCGGCGAGACGACGUUCUUCAUCCCCGGCGUCAGGGAGGGCGUUUUGAACGCGUAUCCCCUGCGGCCGGUGAUGGGAGCCGUGGCGUUGUUCCCGCACGGAGAGUCCAAUGGGGCGUUGCUGCAUGAGGGAACGAGUGUUACGAAAGGUGCAAAGUAUAUCAUUCGGAGUGACGUAGAGUAUGACGUUAAGCCCACCGAAGAAUAA